GGGAAGGGUGGGUGAGUCAGUGUGUGCCGGCGCGUGCGCAGACUCGCAUGAAAUUCAGUGGUUGUGUUGGAUCGUGAUGUGUAGUGGUUUUUGUGUUUGGUGGGUUUUAUGAUACGAAUCCACAGCAAUGCCGUAGUCAGCUACUAUACCUCAACGUGGAACCAAUCGAACGAAUAAUUCCAAAUGCCCAGUCAUAUAAUAGUUCCUACUAGAUAGUGUAAUAAAAUGUAUAAUUCAAACGAAUUCCUGCAUAGCGCCGGUGUAAGCCGGCACAUGCAAGCUACAGGCGAGGCGCCUUCUCAAAAAACUAGCAUGAAACGGCGUUCUUGCGAAGUGCCUUUAGGCGACAUAGCAUCAAAUAACUUUAAAGUCUCAUUAGGCGACAUAACAAAUGACGGUCCAAAUUAUGACUGCCGCUCGCUGCGAUCCAUCAAAUCAGAGGACACACGAUCCUUGAGAUAUUACCGGCCCAUAGAUAGUAGGAGCGUAAAGAAUUUUCGCUCGUCUCUGGCCGAUAUAUCCACGCAAUCGCUGUCAAGGCCGCCUAGUUACGACCAGCUGUCAAGGCGAUCUAUAUUGGACCCUUCUGACGGUCAGGCAUUCACGUCCAGCAUAGAGGGAGUGCUGUGGUCUGAUGAAGAAGAAACUGAAUACUUCUACCACGAGAACAUAACGUCUGCUUGGAAUCAAGAUCUCGCGGCGUUACGGCAACUACUGGAGAGCGAAACCGGAGGCACAACUUGUCCCAGCUGUAACAUGCCCUUUGAUAAGGGCAAAAAGAGAAAGUUGAUUGACACUUGCGGACAUGAGCGGUGCUACGCUUGCAUGUUUAGGAACGAAUCUUGUCCUAUAUGCGCGAGGAAGUGCCAGAGGAAAGUGAUGGAGAGAUACACGCCAUCCCCGCAGAGGCUUGUGGAGCCGGAGUGGCAGUCGCCGCUGCGCCUCCCCAAGCCUCCGAAGCAGAGUCUUGCGCAGAGCUGCCCUACACCACCUCACACUAGAAGAAGAUUCUUCCUAAGUCCCAAGUCCUUGCGCAGCCCGUUCGGGCAACGCACGAGGCAUUCACACGAAAAUCACGUGCCUUUAUCAGGGUUGCCAGAAGAAGGGCCCAGGAGCGCGGCGUGGCCAAGCCUCGUGUUCAAUAAAAUAAGAUCUCUGUGGUCCGCACACUCUUCCGUGCCGCAGGGACUGAAUCAAUUGACAGAUGACGAAGGGGGUCAUAUCAAGCAAGGAUACGAGUCAAGACGUCAAAAUGACUUGUACAUGCGGCUUGGAUUGUUACUCGGGGAGCGACGGGGGUCCAGAAACAAAUCUAGGGAUAGUUGUACGUCCCUUGCCUCCCUGGAUGCCCAUACCCUUGCGUCGCAUAACACUAGUCCGGUGUCAACCCUAACCGGGUCAUCAGAAGUGGACGCGGCCACUCCCCUCGGCAGGGACUCCCUCGGGUCUCUUGCGUCUAUGUCCCUAUCAGCUGCCAGUAAUUGCUCUUCAUCUAGUCCGGGCAGUAGAAGACAUUCCGUCACAACUCUACAGAAUGGACGCGAGGAGCUAACUCGCAUGUCAUCUGGUUUCUUUAAAACUAGAAAGACUGCAGCACGUCGGUCCGCCAGAGUUAGCAGCAAAGCAUCUUCUACCUCUUCUGAACUUAAAAAGGUUCAUCCUGCACCACAACUAACAUUACGACCGUUGUUCUUCGAAGUGCCUUCUACAGAUGACACGACCACAUUCUCUGGGAGGCAGUGGCUCAUGAGAGAUAUGGAGAAGGCACUCGAAUCUAGCGCUUCAGGCAUACUGAUCUCAGGAUGUCCUGGAACCGGUAAAACAGCAUUAAUACUGCAACUAGUUGAAUACUCCUGCUUCGGUCGCAAGAGGAAUUUCGAAUACGAAGAAUUAAGGGAACAGUCGGAUAUUAGAGAAAUGCUGCCGGAAGAGAUAGCCGCAGGGAUGGUCACACAGCUAGCAUCGCAAGUUGUAGCUUAUCAUUUCUGUCAGGCUGACAAUAAUAGUACAUGCUUAGUAGGCGAAUUUGUACAUUCCUUAGCGGCUCAACUUUGCCAAGCGCCCAGACUUCAAGCUUACAGAGAAUACUUACUUAGCGAAGCACAUCUUUUAGCCUGCCUUUCAUUAAAAGAAUGUAUCGCAGACCCAGAUCUAGCUUUCGUUAGGGGAAUUAUUGAACCUCUCACUAUUCUGCGAAAAAAUGGCAGCAUAGAUUCCACUAAUAGCAUCAUACUUGUCGAUGGUUUAUGUGAAGCGGAGUACCAUAGACCGGAUCACGGUUACACGAUUGCUUCUUUCCUCUCCCGACAUGUCCCUGAAAUGCCGUCAUGGCUCAAAAUUGUCGCAACUAUAAGAACACAAUUUUUGGAGCUUACAAAACAAUUGCCGUAUACAAGAAUAAGUUUAGACGAAUCCGAUAAUGUUAAUAAGGAUUUGCUGGAAUAUUUUAACGCAAGAGUUCAAGCUGCACCAAUCAUAGAGACAAAUGUCAAGAGCUCGACAGGAAAGUCGGAAGGAGUCCACAAUCCAGUUAUGAAAUUCGCUCAAUACGUCCUCCAUUUGAGUCAAGGCUCCUUCUUAUUUCUGAAACUCGUCCUAGAUCUUUUAGAACAAAGCCAUAUUGUCAUCAAAUCCACAAAUUACAAAGUCGUUCCAAUAUCGCUUGCGCAAAUAUUUCUUUUGCAGUUUAAUUUGCGAUUCCCCACCGUCCAGUCCUUUGAGAAGGUCACCCACAUUUUAAGCGUUUGCCUCGCUGCGUUAUACCCCCUCACAUUAGUAGAAAUAUACUAUUCGGUAAAUUCAUUGUUAGUCGACACUUUCCUACCCUGGGAAGAAUUCUGCCACAGAUUCGAAAGUCUAUCGGAUUUUCUCGUGAAGCGUAUCGACAAUACAUACAUGUUCUUCCAUCCUUCCUUUAGGGAAUGGCUUAUACGUCGAGAUGAUAAUGAGAGCUCUAAAUUCCUCUGCGACUUAAGAGCUGGACAUUGCGGCAUCGCAUUUCGCUUAUCGAGGGUUCAAGCACCGCUAGACUCAGAAAAAUCUAUGGAACUCGGUCACCAUAUUUUGAAAGCCCAUAUGUAUAGAAAUCUUGGUCCAGCGCAGUUAGGAUUAUGCCCGAGAGAUUUGCAGGCCACAAUGGUCGCAACUAGUGCCGCCAAUGUUGGUGAAGCGAUAGCCAACUUGAGAAAUAUUUAUACGCCAAAUGUCAAGGUAUCCAGACUAAUGCUAUUGGCUGGGGGUUCACCCAAUCAAAUAACGACAUGUCUCGGAAAUGCUCCAUUGCUCUGUAUGUAUGCGUAUCAGGGGAUUAUAGCAAUGGUCGGGUUGUUGAUUGAGUUUGGAGCUGAUUUGGAAAUGACUAACUCUCAAGGAUGCACGGCGCUAUCUUUGGCGUGUCAGAGAGGACACACUGAUGUUGCGAGGAUGCUUAUUGCCUCAGGUGCUUCACUAAGCCACACAGACACAGCAGAACAAACGCCCUUAGUCCACGCUGCGAAAAACGGUCACAGGGAUACAGUAAUCUACCUCCUGGGUUGCCAGACCGGCAAGGACGAUAGAAACUCUAUAGAAAUAGAUGAUAGCAACAUUGAACAAUUGGUGCCCGGUGCGAGGCAUGCGUUGAUUGCCGCCGCGCAGAAUGGACAUUUAGAUAUUGUGGAGUAUCUGCUUGAUACUGCUGAGCUGAUUCCCGACGGUAUCUGCCCAGUCACCGGCGAGACAGCUCUAACUGCAGCGUGUUCCACCGGCCAUGCCGCCAUUGCUGAUGCGUUACUUAUACGAGGGGCGACACCCUAUUCUCUAAACGCGCGACAGAUGUCACCACUCGCAUUGGCCAGUAAAAACGGGAGGACGGCGCUAGUAUUGCGACUUUUGGACUCUGGUGCGGAUGUAGCUGGGUCGGGAGGGAAGAAUCCACUCAUAUUGGCCGCGGCGGAGGGGCAUGCGGAUGUUCUAGAAAUGCUAUUAGCGCACGGCGCGGACGCAUCGGCGUGCGACGCGGACGGCGUGUGCGCGCUCGGCUGGGCCGCGCUGCGCUCGCGCCUCGCCGCCGUCACCGCGCUGCUCGAUAAGGGCGCUUUUAUCGACCAACCAGAUGGCAACGGUCGUACGCCUCUCGGCCUCGCGUGCGGAGGACCGGCGGACCUGGUCGAGGUGCUGCUGGAACGCGGCGCCUCGCUGGAGAAGGUCGACCACAGCGGCCUUAGGCCCUUGGACAGAGCAAUCGGACAGAGGAACGUUGCUGUGGUGAAUUGUUUUUUGAGGAAAGGAGCGAAACUUGGACCCACGACAUGGGUUAUGGCAUCAGGCAAACCAGAAUUUAUGCUAAUCCUCCUAAACAAGCUCCUAGAGGACGGCAACCUGCUGUACCGCAAAAAUAGACCUUCCGAAGCUGCACAUAGGUACCAAUAUGCUUUGAAGAAGAUCAACCCGCUAAUAAGCGACGAGGGACUCACCACACCCGGCUCUCAGCCCGUUCCGCACGAACACGUGGCUGCGUUCGUGCAACUUAAAACUAACUUGUUACUUAACUUGUCAAGGUGUAAGCGGAAACUUAAUGAACCCUCAGAAGCCCUGGACCUAGCCGCCCGCGCGUCAGUACUACGACCGAACGCGUUCGAAUGCGCAUACGCAAUGUCCCGCGCGAUCCUUGCUCUCAACAAACCCGCAGACGCUUUGCCACACGCCCGCCGCGCCUUGCUGCUAGCGCCACCUACCGACCUCUCUGCGGCUAGAACGUUGAAGGCAUUGCAACAGGAAAUAUUGUCCAGAAUGAACACAACACACAAUUUAGAAACGCGGUCCAUGCGGAACUAUGAUAGCAUCAGUUUGAACAUGCCUUAAUUGGCUGAUUUAUGCGGUUUGUGUGUGCCUUUAUACGUUUGACGUUUUUGUUGAAAUAAUAUGUAACUGUGUAACUAUCAGUUUGGUUGAGCUGUAGUAUCUGUUUGUAGUCGCCUUAAUAAAGUUUUAUUCGUGAGAAGUGGCUCUAUUCUAAAUUCGAAAUUGGAACACUUUUAUACUGAAUUUGAAAUUAUGAAAUUUAUGAUAGUACAAAAUGACAGAGCUAUUAUGAACAGAAUAUUAAUUUUAACUUCGAACGCUUAAAUUAUAGCGUUUAUUAUAUUAUAAGCUAAAGAAAAAUUUAAAAUCGAAACGAAAAAAGCGAUAUGAAAUAACGUGUGCCAGGCAUACGAUAAUUUAUCUACUAAAAAUCUUUGCAUUGUUCUGAUUAACUUUGGCGCAAAUAGUAAUUUGUAACAUUUCUUAACUAUCACUUAAAUAAAAAUAGAAAGUAACGAUGUAAUAAAAUAAACUUAAAUAUACUGUAAUUUUAGCGUUUGUACAAUUUCAGUUAUGUUUGUGGUAAUUUUAUUAUUAUCUUUAGUUUGUUGUCUAUGUUCAUUUAAAUGUAAUCUAUGUAUCCAAGCAACAAUUGUCAAAUCAUUUUACGAAAAUGUUAUAUACAAAUUGCAAAUUGACUUGUCAUCAUACUAUGUAGUAAUUUAUGACUUAUUUUGGUUCGAAAGCCAUUCUAUUUUAAAUACAUUUUUGUAUGUCUUAUAUUUAUAUUUUACAGAGUGCUGGCUCAUACUUAGCAUAGUUUGAUAGUUUUUGUGUUUUGAAUAUUAUUACAGAAUCGCCUUAGCUUAGUCUUGUAUGUGAUCAAAUGACAUUUAUGUAAAUAAGUAUUUUUCCUAUUAAAAUUGUAUUACAUAUAAUGUACAGUUUUAAAAUUUAGCUAAUAAGUACUCGAAUAUAUUUUCGCUUGCCAUUUAUUAUUCGAUGCUUUAAAAUUUGAUGCAAUAAACAAUUUUAGUUUUGGAAAAUGACGGUAGUUUCAAAUUUACUUAUUUUUAAAUGAAUUGUUGUUAUUUAAAUAUACAUUUGAGUAAAACUCGCGUGCCUAUUGUCUUGCUAUAUCUUUAUUUAUUUAAAAUUACAGUUCAUAACAGAUUUUAUGGACACUGAAAAAAAAAAUCGAAAAAUUUCGAAAUUUAAAUUAUAUGUUAUUGGUAUAUAGCGAAAAAAAUAACAGCGUUCAUAAAGUUUGAAAGCGAACUAUUACUACUUAAGUUUGUAACAAUGUAUGCUUGAUGACAUUGUCUGUGGUACUGUAAAAUAUUUUGUUUUUAAAGUGUUUGAUAUUUAUAUCUUAAUGAAUUUACAUAUAUUAUCGAGCUAUUUAUCCUCUGUAUUAGAUGGAAUGUCAAAAUUAACGUCGCUUCAUUAUCAAUUUCAUAUUGGACAAUUUAAAGACUGACAAAUUUGGAUGUAGACCCCAUAACGAAUUGUAUUGAAGCUGUAGACUUGUAAGAUUUUGUUAAGUACAAUAGUUUCUGUGAUUACAGAAAUAAUUAUUAUGAAUAUAUUUUACACAUUGCUUCGA